AUGGAUGAUUCAUCUUCAUUAAAUAGGAAAUUAUAUUUUUUAAAUCUAGACAAAGAAAUAGGAGCUGGGGGAAGUGAAACAAAUAGUGAUGAUGAUGAUAAUAAUAAACUAAUAAAUUACUUUAAUAUAAAAAAAACAAAUGACCUAUAUUUAAAAGCAAACAAAAAAAAUGACAAACAAUGUAUUCUCAAAGAUUUACAUUUUAAUGGUGAUUAUUUAAUUAAAAAGACACAAACAAAAAAAAUCCAAAAAAAAAAUGGGCAUUUUGUUUUACCUAAUAAAUAUGAUUAUAUCUUAAAGAAAAAAUCAGACAUUUUCCAUACGGACGAAUUUAUAUCAAAAAGCUAUCAUUUGAAUAAUGUGCACGAUAUUUAUUACUCAUACAAAGAAGAAUCUGAUCUGUGCGAUAUUCUCAUCAAAAGAUACAAGGAGAACUUAUAUGUAACCACCUUUAACAACAUGCUAAUACUUAUAAACCCCACAGAUAACGUGAUGGCAUUUUAUAAAUUAUUGUUUAAGACAAACAAUAAAAAUAAUUAUAUUAUAAAUAACUUUGUUCGUUUUUUUCUGGAAAAGAAAUUACAAGAAAAAACAGAAGGGUACGAAGAAGUAAAUGAUAGUGGAGAUUUAACAAACUCAAGUUUAGAUUUUGAAAAGGAAGAAAAUAAAUCUGAUUAUAGUUCUAAUGAAAUAAAAAAUGCAAUAAAUUAUAUUAAUAAAAAACAUAAUAUAACAAUCAAUAAUCAAUUUAAUUUUAAUCAAAUAAAAAAAAAAAGAAAAAAAAAAAAACUAGUUAAUAUUAAAAAGGAUUUAUUCAUUAAAAGUAAUAAGGAAUUGGUUCAAAUGAACACAAAUGUGUUGAAAAAAAAUGUAAUAAAUUUUAAUGUGCUCUAUAAUCUUAAUUCUAUUCUUAAUGGGAAAGAAGAAAAUUAUAAAGAAAAUAAAUCAAAUCAUAAAGAAAACAUAUAUUCUUCACACGGACAAAUGAAUAAUUAUAAUACACAUGAUAAUGUAUAUCCUAACAGUUUUGAAAAAGCAACCAGUGAAACGUCCUACAAAUUAAAAACAUAUAAUGAACAAAAUAAAUUAUUAUUUAUAUAUGGUGAAAAUUAUAGUAAUCAGAAUGUAAUAAAUAAAUAUAUUUUCAAACAUAUAAUUAAAAAAUAUCAAGAACAAGAAGAAGAAGAAGAAGAUAUACAUACUUCAAUUAAACACAAAAAAAAAAAAAAAAAAAAUUUAUAUGAUUUAUAUAAAAGAAUUAUGAAUAUACUUAAAUUAUUUUAUAAUGAAGAUUGUUAUAAUUUUAUAAUUCAUUUUUCCGAUAACCACGAACUCGUAUCUUUUAACAUAAUCCCAUUUAUGUUGAAUAAUACUUGCAAUGUAACAAAUAUAUGCACAAAAAUGAGCGAUGUGCUCUGUGAAUUAUUGAAUAAUGCAAAUAUGCAUAAUGAAGAUAAGGAUAAUGUUGAGAAAAAUGAAAAAAAUGACCAAAAAAUGAAAGACAUAAGUAGUAAUAGGAAGAACAAUAUUAGAAGUAAUGAUAAUAUAAAAACAAAAACUAGUAGGGAAAAAAAAGAUGAACAUUCUAAUAACUCAAACGAAUUGUUAUAUAAUGAUAAAUAUAACAAUAUAAAUAAUUCAGAUGAAUAUAAUAAUGAAAAUAAUUUUAUUAAUAUUCCAUAUAUAUUUUUUUUCCUUCUUCAAAGUAUUAUGUUAAACAGUAAUCAUACAUAUGUAAAACCAUUAAACUUACACACAUUAGAUAUAAAAAAAAUAUAUCUAAAUUAUAUAGAGUCCCAUGAAAUUGAAUUAAAUGAAAGUGAUAUGGAAACAACGUUUUCUAAUUUCUCACAUCUUGGAUUUUCACUAGAUGAAAUUAUUUCAAUAAAUAAAAUUAUUUUUUCUAUCAUUUUUAUAAAUAUAUAUAUUAAAAUAAAACAAUGCCUAAAAAUGAAUGAAAAUGAAACCUUAAAAAUUUUGCAAAUACAAUUAAUUGAAAUAUCGGAUUUUAUGAAAUUAAGAAAAAAAAAAAUAAAUAAGAACAAUUCUAAAUAUGCAUCAUUAAGUAAUGGGAAAAAAUGUUUACUUCCUCAAUUUAUUAAUUUUAAUGAAGAUAAUUAUCUAAGUAGUGGAUUUAGCUCCUUAUCUGAAACUGAAAAUAUACAAUUAUUUAAUAAUGAUAUGAAAAAGGAAAAUAAGAAAAAAAAAAAUUCUAGUACUGAUGAUUUUCAAGGAGCUCGACUGAAGACAAAUGAUUCAAGUAAUGUAAAUGUUAAUGGUAAAAAGUUAGAUGAUAAUCCAUAUGAUUCUCAAAAGGAUGUUAAUAAAAUGCAAAAUGAAUAUAAAAGGACUGAGAAUGAGGUUAAUCAUUUAGGUGAGGUCAACAAACAAAUUGUUUCGAAUAAUAUAAAAAAUGAUAAUAAAAAUAAUAAUAAUAAUAAUAAUAAUAAUAAUAAUAAUAAUAAUAAUAAUAACAAUAAUAAUAAUAACAAUAAUAAUAAUAACAAUAAUAAUAAUAAUAACAAUAAUAAUAAUAGUAAUGAAUGUUAUUAUACGAAUGAACCCAUUAAUAUGUACAAAAAAGAUAAUAAGAAAUAUAAAGAACCAAUUGACAAAAAGGGGAACAAAUACUUUAUAGUAUUUGCUGGUCAUAUAUUAGAAGAAUAUAUAUCGUCCUUAUUAAAUAUUGAUAUAAAUCUAUUUAUUCACAUUUUAAAUAAUAACAUAAAAUUGAAGAGCUUAUGUUCCAAUAUGUUCUAUAGGUUAAAAAUAAAGAUUGUUAACAAAAUAAACGAAUACCUUAAAAAUGUAGUUAGAAAUGAACUUAUCCAUCAUUCGUUAUAUCUUUAUUGUAAUGGUGGGAUAAUACAAAAUAUAUUGGAAAAAAAUGAAGAUGUAAAUAAAUAUAAUAAAAAUAAAGAAAAAAAUAAUUUCAAUGAACUUAUUAAUAAUAUAUAUAAUGAAUUGUUACAUUCGUAUUAUUUAAAAAUGUCUAUGUUUAAUAUUGAUAGUUGUAUUAUGCAUAUGAUAACCACAUUAGAUAAUAAACAAAAUAAUUACGAGGAUGCAUUAUUAUGUACUCUUCAUAAUUAUGGAAAGAAAGGUAAUCUUUAUAAUAAUAUAAAUUAUAAAAAUGAUACUGAUCAGAUUAUUCCUAAUUUUUUAUGUAAUAAUAUUUAUUUAGGAGAAAAUAGGAUAUUACACAUGUUAGAAAAAUAUUCAACAAAAUUUUCGAGCGUUAUGGAUCUUCAUUAUAAUUUAUAUAAUAAAGAAAAAGAUAGUCCUUCUUAUAUUUUAAUAAAAUCGGAGUAUUAUAAAAUACUGAGUUUAUUUUAUUUAUCCAUAAAAAACAUAACAGAACUAUACAAUAAGUAUAUUAUUAAUAAUAACAAUAAAAAUAACAAUAGUGAUAAUAUUAGUAAUAUUAUUAUAUGUAAGUGUAAAUAUAUUUGUAAUUGUAAAUAUAAGUAUAAUUAUAGUUUCGAUAAACAACUAUACCAUUUAGAUGAUGAAAAUUUUAUGCAUGAUAUUUUAUUGAAAUAUUUCCAAUAUUUAUCAAAUGAUGGUAUUACAAAAAAAAAAAAUAUACAUGGGAAAAGUAAGAGAAGAAGAAGAAGAAGAAGAAAAUAUAUGAAAUAUAAUUUUUGUAUUACACAUUAUAAUGAUAAAAAAAUAGAAUACACAUGUAAUAAUAUGAUAUUUGAUAAUAUUAAAGAUAUAUAUAUAUUUAAAGAUAUUAUUGAAAUUAUUGAAAAUUGUGACAUGCCAUUUUUAAGAAGUAUGUUUUUUGAAAAUAAUACAUUACCAUUAAAAAGUGUUAAAAGUGAUUUUUUUUUAUAUAAUGAAAUGAACUUUUUUAUAAAUAUUAUAAAUAACACUUUUGAAAAAUUUUAUUUUCUUGUUAUAAAUGAAUCUGAAAAAAAACAAAAAGAUAUAUUUAUUCCUAAAUAUAUAACGAAUUGUAUAAAACAUAACGAAUCAACUACAUAUGAUCACUAUGCAAGUACAACAUCUCAAAGCAAUUUAUACAAAAGGUUUUCAUUAACUUUAAAAAAAUCGUUUGUACAUAAUAAUAAUAUAAAAUCUUUUAAAAGUUUAUUUUUACAUAUGGAUUCAGUUCGUACAGACAAUAUAACCAAUUUCUCUGAUUUUAGCAAAAAAAAUAUUAACAAAUAUCAUAUCACUUUUGUAAUUAAUAUGUUUAAUUUAAAAAAUAUAUUUAAUUAUCAACAACAAUAUUUAUAUUAUUGUAUUCCAUAUAUUUCUUUUAUUAAAAAAUAUAUUUUAUUCUCUGCAUAUAUUAGUAAGGAAAAGGACUUAAUUAAACUAUUAAACUAUUAUGAAGAAAAGUAUUAUAAACCUAAUUAUUCAUAUAAUACCCCCGGAAAGGAUACAAAAAAUAUAAUAUAUAAUUCUUCUAAUAUGAAAGAUAAUUUAUCAAAUAAUGAUACAAACCAUAAUAUAUUAAAUCAAUCAAUUAAUAUAUAUAAAGAAAAAAUGUAUAACAACCAAAACAUAAAUAAAAACAAAAAUAAGAACAAAAAUAAAAAAAUAAAAAAAUAUAUAUACAAUGAUACAACCAACUUUAUAUAUUUAAACAAAUUAUCAAUUGAAGAAAUGAAAGAUAUGUGUACUUUAAUAUUAUAUAAUUUUAAUAUAUCCACUAAUAUUAUUUACUUUCAAAAUUAUUUAUUUAUAAAAAAGUCCUUAUAUUUUCUUUUGGAAAAUAUGAAAAAUGAAUAUUUAAAAUACAUCAUACCAUUUAUUAGGAAAAUAGAAAAUAGUUAUAUAUCUUAUAAAAAUAAGAAAAUUAAAUUUUCCUAUAGAAAUAAAAUUAUUGUUAUUCAAAAUUAUAUGAGAAAAUAUUUAUUCUUUCAUGAAUUACAAAAGAAAGAAAGGAAAAAAAAUUUGCUUACAUCAUUUAUUAUUUUUUAUAGUUACUUGUUGAAACAUAAAAAUAUGGAAGAAACAAAAGAAACAUUAGAAUAUUAUAAAGAAACCUUUAUGAGUAAGGAGAAAAAAUUAAUUCAACAUGCAGCAUGUGUAUAUAUACAAUCAUGGUUUAGGAAAAUAAUACAACAAAGGAAAUAUAAAGCCAUGAAAUUAGAAAUUUUAAAAACACAUGCAAGAGAAAAAAUAAGUACAGCUAUUAAAACAUAUAUAACACAAAUAAAAAUGAUAAAAAAUUUAAAUGAAGUAUUAAUACCAAAUCGAUGUGCAACCUUAAUUCAAUCAUGUUUUAGAAGAUAUAGAUGUAUGGUACAAUAUGAAAAAAAAAUGUAUUUAAAAAUAUGUUUUCUAUCAAUUAAAAGAAAAUAUAUGGCAUACACAAAUGUUAUAACAAAAAUGAAUUAUCAUUAUUUAAUAAAAAAUAUAUAUAGGAAAAAUUUCAUUAAAAAUCAUCUAAAAAUACCUGAAGCAGUAGUAAAGAUACAAAGUAAAUAUAAAGCAUAUGUUGUUAGAAAACAAUAUAAUAUGUUAAGAGACGCAAUAUAUUUUACACAAUCAUAUAUACAUACAUGUAUAGAAAGAAUAAAAUAUGAACAAUUAAAAAAAAGUGUAAUUACUAUACAAGUAUGGUGGAGAAAUUUCUAUAAAUUAAAAAAAAAAUUUCAAAAUUUUCCUUUGAAUAUAUAUAAUAGUGAAUAUGAAAAAACAAAAUAUUAUUUUCUAGAUAAAAAAAAUUUCCCGAAUUAUUAUUAUUAUAUAUUAAAAGAACAGAAAGCAAUGAAACUUUUGACAUAUAACAUUUUAUUAAAACAAUGGUAUUUUUUUUAUUUUAAAAAAUUCCAAAAAAAAAAUCAUUUAUUUAAUAUUAUAUUUAAUUUGAAAUUAUAUAAAAAUAUAUCUUAUUAUUAUUUACUUCCAUGGGCAUAUAAAAUAAAUGCAAUACUUAAAAUGAUACAUAUGAAACAAAUGUUUAAAUUAUGUACAACCAAAUAUUAUCAAAAUACUAUAUUAAAUAUACCUCUUUUUGAAACAAUACAAAUAUUUGUAGGCAAAACACAUACCAUACUUUUAAUUAAUCAAAGUGUUAAUAAAGAUGAUAAUAAUAAUACAGAACAAAUAGUAUCACAUGGAUAUAAUAAAAAUAGUAAACAAUUUUAUACUAAAUAUGUUUAUAGUAUUGGAUCUAAUGAUUGUGGACAGUUGGGUUAUUACGAUUUGUCUAGUUCUCCAUUUUUAUAUCACCCCAAUCUUUUAAAUGAUAAAUGGGAUCACGUUGAUAUAAAUGAAGACGAAAAUAAUAAACUCAAUCCAAUAAAAGAAAAAAUAGAGUAUCCGGUAAAAAAGGAUAUAUAUAUAAAUACAAUAGAUGACCAUACAAAAAUUGACAACCUAUUUAAUGAUCAUAAUGAUAAUAGUGAUAAUGAUAACAGAAUGACUACUUUGGGAAGCUUACAUAAGGAAAGCAUGGAUAAUAAUAGCACGAGCAUUUUUAGUACACACAAAAGUAGUGUUGAUAAUAAUAUCAUAAAUAAUGCAUAUAAUAAUAAUAAUAAUAAUAAUAAAUCAUAUAAUAAUAAACAUUUUAGUGAUCAAUAUAAUAAUAUUAACAAAUCACAUAAAGAAGAAAUAACAAAUAAUAAAACAAAAUUUAAAAAUGUAAAUGAUAAUUAUCUAAGAAAUUUACAGCAUUUAGAAUUUCAAUAUAAAAAAAAGUACACCAUAUCGAAAAAAAAUUUUGGUGAUAUGUUCAAUGAAAAUGUAAAUGAUAUUAUUGAUUAUAAAAUAAUAGAUAAAGAGGAUGACAAAUAUAGUAAAAAUAUAACAAAUAAUAAUAAAUAUGAAUAUGAUUUUAAUAUUGAUAAGUCACAUAAAGGUAAGAAAAUUGUUGAAUUUACUAAAUUAAUUAAUGAAACAAAUAAAAUUCUUAAUAUAUGUUGUGGUUCUGAACAUACAUUAGCUCUCUCAGAAAAUGGAAAUGUAUACUCAUGGGGAAACAAUGCAUAUGGUCAAUGUGGUCAGAAAUAUGAAAAACAUAUUAUUAGAUAUCCUAAAAUUAUAAAAUAUUUUUUGAAAAAUAAUAUUCUUAUAAAAAAUAUAAGUUGUGCUUCUUAUCAUAGUGGUUACAUAACCAAAUCAAAUGAUUUAUAUAUAAGUGGGAACUUUUUUUUUAUCAACUUAAAAUAUUUUCAAAAUAAUAUUUAUGAACCAAUCUUUUUAAUUUCAGGAUGUCUUAAUAUUACAUGUAAAGAUAGUUUUAAUAUAUCAUUAAGAACUAAUAAAAAUUCAUUUUAUUUAUGGGGAAAUAAUUAUAAAUGUAUAUUAGGAAUAAAUAAAAAGAAGUUAGCUAAUCUGGAUGAAAUAUCUAUUUAUCCAUUAACUAAUAUUUGUCCAAAUAUUACAGUAAAUAAAAUUGCAUGUUCAGAUAAUUUUGUGUGUAUUAUAACCACACUUGCUACAACAAAUAAUUAUACCAUGUUUAUGUGGGGACAAUUUUCUCAUAUAGAAAAAAAGGAAAACCAAGAAAAUGAUACAAAAAGUGUUCUAAGUACUAAUAAUUUUUUUAAUAAGUUUAGAAUGAAGGCUAAAAUGAACAAUACGAAAAAUGACAACCAAAAGAAUGACAUAAAUAACAACAAUAAUAAUAAUAUUAGUAACAACAAAAAAAAUAUGAUUUACAUUGCCAAACCUACUCCAGUGUAUAAUGAAAUAUGGGAACAAAAUGAAGCAGUCGAUGUGUGCUGUGAUUUGGAUGAAAUUAUGGUGCUGAUGUCCAACUUGUGCUUAUACGGAUUUUCUUCAGUGGAAAUUUUAGGAGGUGAUAAGAAAAAAGUAAUAGCUAACGAACCCAAAGUAUUUUUUAACCAUUUCAAUAGAAAACCAAAAGUUGAAAAAAAAGAAAACGAUAUAAAAUUUGAAGAACCAGAAAUUCAUGAAAAUAUUAAAGUUUUAAACCCUGUACUAUACAUGUUCAAAUAUUUUAAACCAUCAUAUUUUAAUGUUAAGAAAAUUCAAUGUAGUUAUAAUAAAAAUAGUCUCUCAAUUAUGAAUGUAACCAUGGGAGAAUAUGAAAUACCUAAGAUAAAACAAAACUUGGAAUAUGUUACACCAUCGGGCGAUAUUGUGAAUUUCCCUGAAAAAAUUAAAGAGGCAAUAUUAGAAAAAGCCAAAAAGGAAUCCAACAAAUGGAUUAAAUCAAACGAUGAUCCUUACAUAAAUCAUUUCUUAAUACAAAAUUCAAGCGAUUCCGGGAAUUAA